UUCGCCAUCAUGAAUUGAAGAUGAUGAUAUAACGCAACUUGCAUAUAUUUUCUUUACCGUGUACUUAAUUUACUACUUGAUCACUUUCGUUUUUAUUAAGGCAUCCACUUCGUGUCCGUGGAAUAAUUCAUCAAUGGAGGACUUUCUAUAAGAUUUGAAUUGAGUUGUGAAUUUGCGAUUCGUUAAGAAAUAUAGGAAGAUUUUUACAUAGUUGGUGUACAUUAAUCAUGUUAUCAUUCAUGAGAAGUGGGAGAGGAAUGCAUUCCUCAGUGAUUUGUAUCCUAUUGCUGCAAUGUCUCAGCGUGGUCACGUCACACCAAUUGUUUGACGAAGGGAAAGAGUACAAAUACAGCUAUUUCGGACUUUUCACCACUGGAACGGAAGAGCCAGUUUCAUACUCGUCAAGUUACAUGCUCAUUGGAAUGCUAAGGGUUCAAGGGAAUGGUGGGAAUACAAUGACCGCAAAGCUGGAAGGAAUGAAAAUGGCAGUAUACAAUGGGCGGUGGGGGUAUUUUCCAAUUCCACAAUUUGGAUUUUUUGAUGACGAGAGGUUAUCUACAUUGGAAAAUUCUUUCAAAAUUGUGUUGACUGAGGAAGGCACGUUUAAAACUCUCAUCAUGAACGAUCAAGAACCCGAAUUUGCGUCGAAUAUAAAACGAGGAAUCGCAACUUAUCUUCAAUCAAAUUUGACUGGUGGAUUUGAGUCUAUGCAGAUUUUCAAGGAAAAUGAGAUGACCACAAUGGGAGAAUGUCCCACGGCGUACGAGGUGACACCACCAUCAUCCUCUUCAAAAUUUGCAACAAUUGGAAAAUUCAGAAAUCAUGCAGAGUGCCCUGAUAUUCCCAAGAGGACACGUUACGGGACAAGGGGAUAUUACCAAUGUGUAACAGAUAAGACCCGGGACAUUUUUAACUCGACGUCAUAUGCAACGUAUGAAAUUGAUCUUAAUGGGAACAACCCAACCAUAAACAAAGUCACAAUUUUCUCAUCUAUUCUGUACUGGCCAUUCACAUCCGGGAGGCAAUAUUUAUACACAUGGUUCAAUGUCACACUCGCGUUACUUGAUGCCAGUCCAAUACAAACCCCACUACCUGGUCCUGAAAAUGCUGAAAAUCACGAAGAUUUGGCAUUUAUAUUUGAGCAAAGCGAUUAUCAAGAUCCUGAAGAGGAAACACCCGACUUGAAGACUGUUGAACCUUAUUAUUUCCAUCAAACGGCGUCCGAAUCUGACGUGGAAGCAAUGAUUGCAAAAGUGAAAGAAAUUGUGGAAGAUGCGGCAGUGAGCUUUAACACCUCUUUGGAUGACUUUAAUGAAGACUUUCAUUCCAAUUCACCACUGACCAUGAGCAAAGCACUGUCCUUUUUGGAUCAUGAUUCCUUAACUUUAUUGUACAAGUAUUAUCUCUCUCAAGCUAAAGAGAACCCAGAGAAAGAAGUGCACCUACAAUUGUACAUUGAUGGGCUGGUUCUGGCCGGAACAAGUGCAACAACACUGGUUUUGCGUGACAUUAUCGUCGAGGAAUUUGAAAAUGAGUGGAAACUUUCUAGAAUUGUUCCCUUGUUUCCAAAUUACGUACGAACACCAUCCGAAGCGCUGGUGAAGGAGUUUGAUACCGUUUUUGACUUGCUCAAAAACCCCAAGAUUACCAACAGUACAAAAAGAGUAUUGGAAUUCACACUGGCAACUUUAGUUUCUCGGGGAUGCGAACGAAAUCUGUGUGUAACCACUGGGGUUCUUGACAAGUAUAUAAACUACUUUGAAAAUAAAUUGGCAGAAUCUACUCACUUUGGAGAGCAAACAGCGGCCGUGCUUGGACUCAGAAAUAUUCAAAUUGGAAGAUCUCUGGACAAAUUGGUGGACAUUGCCGUCGGAAAUACUCCAGCUUCAAAGAUCGUUCGCGUUCAAGCUAUUUGGUCCUUACGUCCAUUAUUUUUCAAAGAUCCUGUUAAAACUACUCAAAAACUGCUCCAAGUAUUUUACAAUCGGACAGAAUCCUGUGAAAUUCGAACGUCCAUGUUCGGCUUAAUAAUGACGACUCAUCCGACAGAGCAAGUUUUGCAUGAAAUUGCGUAUUUCAUGUGGUCAGAGACGUGUCCUCAAACGCUAAACAUUGUGCGAUCCACUCUGACCCACAUGUCAAAGGAUACAGGACCCUGUUCAAAAAUCUCGUCAUAUGCAAGGACAAUCCUCCGGUACCUGCCUCCCGGCGCCAUAGACCCAACCAGAACUACUUCCUAUGCAAUCGGAUACUUUGACGAGGCUCAUGGAAUUGGAAAAUCGAUGUAUUUGACGGUUCAAAAAACUGGUUCAACAGCAUUACCAACUUCUAUAUAUUUCGGAUCUUCUCAUACGAUUGGGGGCUACCAAGCUACCCCCGUUGGCAUAUUCAUAAGAAUUGAUGGACUAGGAAAAUUUUUACCAGACAACAUCUUAUCAGCCCUUAAUAAUGAUACUCCUCAAAAGAUCUUGAAAAUAUUAGGUGAUCUAAAAGUGAAGGCCAAGGCGACAACGCCGUUAAAAUUGGAAAUCACUAUAAUGUACUUGAAUCGUGCCAUUUAUCAUUAUGCUGCUGACGAAGAAACGCUUCGUUUAUCUGUGGGAAAAGCGGGAAAGCAGGCCGAAGGGUUUAUCAAAACGUUACAAAAGCCAUCGAUAUUCAGCAAUAGUUGGGGAAGAUCCAUUCUUUUGGGCGAAACUUUGUACGAACAACCCCUAGAAGUUGGGAUACCUGUAUCCAUAUACACUUCCGGAGUACAGGCGGAUCUAGCAAAGUCAAAAAUCUCUCUUGCUCUUCAAGCACCGUCUACCCUAGAAACUGAUGCUGACCUGGCUUUCAAAUAUCAUGGCUUUAUAACGACCACAAUUUCCAACCAUGUUCCCGUCUUUGGCACCGUUCACACUGUAGGCCUUUUAAGAACGUAUAAAAUUCAUCAGUCCCUGCAUGUCUCAUUCAAUUUGAAUUUGCAAGGAAAAUUGGACGAGUUUACACUUUAUCCCCCCUCAGCCGAAAAUCCAACUGCCAUCCAAACACAUGCAACAGCAUUUACAUCUUUGUCCUCGGAACACCCACUCGGCCAAGAUGGAACUGACUUGCUGAAAAAAUCAUGUCCAAAUUGUCAGCCUUACACGUGGGUUUCUUCUGGACCAGGAAUUGCUCAAACUGGCGAGAUUUUCUCCAUCCCAAAAUUUACAAAAGGCCUCAGAUCGGGUGUGAAAAAAAUAAUGUGCGAGAGACACAUUUCAAAAACUAGAUUGCUUAAACGACUCCAAAACUUUUUUAGCAGUGAAGGAAAAAAUACGGGAAUAUUUGACUCAGCAUUCGCAAAGUUCAAUCUCGCUCUUCAACAAGGUUUUGACUACUUUUUCCUGUGGCCUAAUCCUGAGCCGUGUGGGUUCCAGCUUUAUGAUACCAAAAAUUACGCAAAUUCUACACAUGUCUUGGAGAAGAUUACAGGAUCCGCAUCAUUUGGAGUUGACCAAGACCGUAAAAAGGGUCACAUUCAUCAAAUAAAUGUUGAUUAUAAUGUCACCCUAACAUUUGGAGGCACAGCCAAACCGCCCCCGCAGACGAUUUCAUAUCACAUCGAAGUCGUGCCAGAGGUGGAGGGUUCGCAGGAAUUACGGGGACGAAUCACUGUCGAUGGUCAACCCGAUGGAAAGGUUUUGGUUACGUGUUACGAAAUUCAGAACCAUGCCGCAGUUCCCAAAAGCGAUCCGCUAGGAUUUUCUGGCGAUAAUGAGCCGAAGGUUAACCAAUCCAUUUUGGUGAAAGCGGGGAAAGUUACCGAAGCAGAAAAAUCAAGUACAAAUUGUCCAAAUGAUCAAGUCGAUCUUGUAAUUUUUGCUGAGGCCGAACGUUCGCAAGAUCAGAUUUUAGAAGCCACCAGUCCGGGCAAAGAUUUGCCCACUUUACUCUGUCAACUUGAACAAGCUAGUGGAAAUUGGCCAAAGGAUAGGAUGCCACCAACUCCGGAAUGUUUUCAGGUUACUCUGGAUCAAACUGGACUACGAACAGUCAACAUGAGCGUCAAAUAUAAGGUUGCUGAAGAAGUACGAAAACGAUGGGUCCAGCCAUUGCUAUUCAUUGGAAAUUUGUUAUCUCCAUUCCUGGUUGACCCAGAGCAUGACAAAGUCCAUCAGCAACAUCAACAAGACAACCAUUAUGAAGGCCAGUUAAAGAUUGAUAUGAAUUUAAAAAAGCAAGACCCCGUGAUGGACAUACACUUUGUUGGAGCUUCUGAGGAUCGACUCUAUCGCGACAUCGAUCUCGAUUUACUACCAAAUGCCCUAAAAUUCCAACCAGCUCCUGGAAGAUUUGCCCCAUCAACGCAAUUUAUAUAUCAAGCAGGAUUUUUAGGGUCCUGUGCUCUGACACCCAAUAACGUUGUCACUUUCGAUAAUCAAAAGUAUUCCGCAAAAUUGUCGGAUUGUGAGACGCUGGUAGCAGCCGACUGCAGCGAGUGGCCUGAUUUUGCUGUAUAUGCCAAAACCACGGCUAGCAAAAAAUUGGCAAUCAGAAUAACUUUAAUCAGAGGGGAAAUUGAGAUCGAUGGCGAUCAAGUUACCUGCGUUGGACGCGAUCCAAUUGUAUUUGACGACAAUGGAAAUUUUUAUCACAACCACAUUGGAAUAUCGAAACGAGGGAAAGAAAUCACGGUGAGAUGGAUGUCAAUUUUCGGGAUAGAAGUGCGGUACUCGGGCGGCGACUUUAUCCAGGUCAUCCUCGGGUCAAGAUAUCGCGGACUUACUUGCGGAUUGUGUGGAAACUUUGACACCACGCCUGGGAAUGACAUGAGUGGUCCAACUACGCCUUCCUGUCCCCUUACCUCCAUCCCACAAGCGUGGACGGUAAAAUCCGAAUCUUGCGAAAAAGCUGAAAGUGUUUGUUGAUUUUAAUAUUCAGAUGAAAAUAUUAUAAGAGAUUAAUUUCAUUUCUAAAAUUACGGCUGAAAACGAAAAUAUGGAAAAUAUUAUUAUUUUGGAUAAUUUACAUUUUCAUAAUUUAACGUGUAAUAUUUGGGAGUGUUCCAUCCAUAAAAUAAUCAAAGUAGGUAAUAAAGUUUGUCGUUGAUGAAGA